AAGCUUGACGAGAAACAUGAAAGAUGGCAGGAGUUAUAAAUUCCAACAUUUGACAAUUCAAUUUUUUCAAAAAAAAAAUAUGUCAAAAUAUAUAUUUUUUGCAAAAUAUUAAUAAAGUUUAAUUAUAUUAAUUUGUUUAUUAAUAAUCAGUGAUAAAGUUUACAAUUAAUUCAAGUAUUUAUAUAUUUUUUUAAGUCAUUCAAGUUGAGGUUAUGUUUUAAUUCAAUUUAAAGAAUACGAUUCACAAAGCAAACUGAAGUUUGUAACACAUGCGCAGAUAAAAUUUCACGUGAUCAGCGCAUUUUAUAAUUAGAGGAGAGAGGGUAAGCCGUCAUCAUCGAGAAGAACACCAACUCAUCUUGCUCCAACUCGAUCACUCGUCGUUAAGCGCGCGUCAACGCCACACCUUUAUAAAUUUAAUAAAAUUGGAGAACACUCCAUUUUUUUUUUCAUCCCAUUAUUUAAAAGAAAAGUUAAAAAACUAAAAAAACAAUCAAAAUGUCAGGACUUGCUGAUCCCGUUGCCUUUGCUAAGGAUUUUAUUGCUGGUGGUGUAUCAGCAGCAAUUUCAAAAACUGCUGUAGCACCAAUUGAACGUGUUAAAUUACUUCUUCAAGUACAACACAUCUCCAAGCAAAUUGCAGAAGACCAACGUUACAAGGGAAUGGUCGAUUGUUUCGUCCGUAUCCCAAAAGAACAAGGUUUCGCUAGUUUUUGGCGUGGUAACAUGGCCAAUGUUAUCCGUUAUUUCCCAACUCAAGCACUUAACUUUGCAUUCAAGGACAAAUACAAGCAAGUUUUCCUUGGUGGUGUUGACAAAAAUACUCAAUUUAUGCGUUAUUUCGCUGGUAAUCUUGCAUCUGGUGGUGCUGCUGGUGCAACAUCACUUUGCUUUGUCUACCCACUUGAUUUUGCAAGAACAAGAUUGGCUGCUGAUGUUGGUAAAGCUGGUGGUGAUCGUGAAUUCACUGGUCUUGGUAACUGUUUGACCAAAAUCUUCAAGUCUGAUGGUCUUACUGGUCUUUACCGUGGAUUUGGUGUAUCAGUCCAGGGUAUCAUUAUCUAUCGUGCAUCAUACUUUGGUUUCUAUGAUACCGCUCGUGGUAUGCUUCCAGACCCAAAGAAAACUCCAUUCCUUGUUUCAUGGGGUAUUGCACAGGUUGUAACAACAGUUGCUGGUAUCAUGUCAUAUCCAUUUGACACAGUACGUAGACGUAUGAUGAUGCAAUCUGGACGUGCACAAAGUGAAAUGCUCUACAAGAGCACCAUGCACUGCUGGGGUACAAUCUACAGAACAGAAGGUGGCUCUGCAUUCUUCAAGGGUGCAUUCUCCAAUGUUCUUCGUGGUACUGGUGGUGCCCUUGUCUUGGUACUCUAUGACGAAAUUAAAAAUCUUCUUUAAGAAGUUUUAAAUAAUAAUAACAACAUCAAUUAAUUCAUCAAAAAAACAAAAUUAUAAUUUCCUCAUCCUCAAACGUUCCAAAUAAGAUCUUUAAAAAAAAUAAAUAACAUCGAGAGAGAGACACACUAUACCUUCAUCCUCAAAGACUAAAAAAAAUAAAAGAAAAAUAAUAACACACUAGACAAUGUUUUAAUCAUCCAAAUGCAUGAUCUCGUUAUUAUUAUUAAUUUUUUUUUUUUUUUCUAGUUUAAAUUAUAAAAUAUAAACGGGAUUAAUUUAAGAUGAAUUAAUAAGAAAGUAAAAAAAUAUUGGGGUAUUAAUAAUUUUAAUUGACAAAUCAUAAUAGGGACGUGUAAAUUA